GACGAGGCACGAGGCAACAAGGUUGGAAUGGGGCACAGCCAAGCAAGGAGCGGAGGGGGGUGACCCAAGCUCGGUAGGGAGUAGCGUACCAACGUCCAGUUUUGCCGCCACUUUUAGUUUUUCAACAGGACAGGGAGCGAAGCCCGCGUAAUGCAGCGAAGAGCGGAGCGGCUCAAUGGGUUGUCAACACCUUCGCAUUGCAGUUAGCUCUUGCUCUGAAUGGAGCGGGCUAACCGCCAAAAAGGGACUGGCUAGCUUGUGCAUUCAACACGACAAGGAGAGAGGAAGGUUAUGUAGCUACAUGACGACAAGAUCGCCGUGUAGCUAUGCUGAAGUAGAAGACUCAAAGGCUCCACGAGGGAAUGACAUUCUUUAAUCAAAACUUUAUCGUUAUGCCCCCAUGCCUCUGAGGGUUUUGGGAGGAGAGAGGUUAGGUUGGCUAGGGUGGAGAAGGUUGGAGAAGCUGGUGAGGGGGGAGUGAAGGUUCCUUGUUGUAGAAGAGAGUUCUCCAUGACCAUUAUUUAUGUGAGGAAGAAGAGUUCAGAGAAGAAGAAAGAGGUUGGAGGAUAUUGCGACACUUGUUAUUGUGUAUUAUUUAGAUUUAGUCAGAGAAGGAGAGAGAGGCCGGACGACUUGCCGCACUUGUUCUUGUGUAUUAUUCAUUUAGCCUUUGUGUUGAUGUUCAUUUUCAUUCACUGCUUUCACUGUUGAUUGGUUUUAUGCAACACUUGAAUAACAUAGCUUUGAAGUUCGAACUUUUGAAUGGGAUCACUUUACUGUGUGUUACAUCUUCGACGCCACACGGGUCCUACCGGACCCGACUUAGGGCCAAGGGAACACAGUAGGGCCUAAAGGCCCAGACUUGGGGGUACAGCAGGCCGAAAGGCCGCAUUUUGGACCAGACCCGACGGGCAGGCCCAAACGACAUUACCGUUUGGGCCUGGUGGCGCUCUUGAGGCUGCCGCCCGCCGGUCUGAUCUGAACCGACGAUCUCGACGGUUCAGGUCAUGGCCAGGCCUCGCAGCAUUGAGGCCGGCCUCGUUUCCACCGGUACUAAAGACCGGUCCAGGCUCAUUGUGAGGCAUCGAGCGGCUGGACGCUGAGAGAGCGACAGUUCGUUUCGGUGUGAACAGCAGGAGCGCCAGCGCUAUUCUUAGCGCAGCGUAGAGGAGCAGCAGCAGCGCAGCUAGCACAGCAGCGGCAGCGAGCGAGGAGCCAGACAGCGGGCAGCCAUAGCCGACUUCGGCUUCAGGCAGUUGCAGUAGACCAGGUACUCGGGGGUGAGGUCUUCUCCUCCCUCCACAGUCCCUGGUUCCCCUCCUCCUCACCUCUCUCCUCCUCUGUCCUCUCCUUCUUCUUCAGACUUCUUCUUCUUCCUCUUCAGACUUCUUCUUCUUCUUCAGACUUCUUCUUCUUCAGACUGGAGACUUGAUACUAGUUGGACAGAGAUCAUUGUUGGACUUCGGUGGUAAGAGGCUGUGGUACUUACCGGAUUCGAGACUUGGAGAUUUGUUGGGGUUUGAUACUCGGCGGCAUCACAGAUUGGACACUGGUUACAUUAGGACUCUGUACCUCCGACAUUGGUGACUUAUUUUCCACGGCAUUUUGAUCUUGUUCGAUGACAUUUUGGACUACCAUAUCGGUGACCUACUGGAUUCUAUCUCGGUGACAUCUGGCGCUGCCUACAUCUCCCACCUCCUUCGUCUCUCCUCCCACCUUUCAUCUGUGUAUGUGUACGGGGCCUGAGCAUCGUCUAUGAUUGGCUCAGACCCCGCCAUCUCACGAUUGUUUGUGUGUGGAGUGAUAUCUGUGUGAGUCAGUCUAUGUGAGUCAGUCCAUUAAUCAGACUUCCGCUGCAUACAUGCU